UUUUAGGUUAACCGUUAACCCCACGUCGUUCUCCUCAAGCCUAAACCCAUAAAACCCUCGGAACAAAGCUAGGGCAAAACCACAGGCCACAGCGUCGCUCUCGCUCUCGCUCUCGCUCUCGCUCUCGCUCUCUUCUUCGUUGAAGAUGAAUAAUCUGAAGCUGUGUUGGGAGUUCACGUCGAACCUCCAGUUGCAGUCGGAGGAUGAAGCCCUUCGCUUUGCGGCGUUCGAUAUCGAGCGAAACCGCUUGAUCUUCGCUUCUUCGGCCAAUUUUAUAUACACUACUCAGCUUCCUUCAUCCCAUGAUGGCAAAUCAUGGAGGAAACCUCCUUUAUUUCUGUCUGUUGAGCCUAUUGAUUUAGAACCUGGAGACUUCAUUACUUCCUUUGAUUAUCUAAUGGAGAAAGAAGCAUUGAUAGUGGGGACCUCAAGUGGACUUCUGUUACUACAUAACGUGGAAGAUAAUGCAACAGAAAUAGUUGGUAAAGUGGAAGGUGGUGUGAAGUGCAUCUCACCUAGUCCAGAUGGAGAUCUGCUUGGCGUAAUUACUGGUUUUGGCCAGAUAUUAGUAAUGACUCAUGAUUGGGAUCUGUUGUAUGAGAUGGCACUUGAGGAUCUUCCUGAAGAUGUUGACGUGAGUGAACCAACAUUUUGUUCCAAUUAUUCACUUGAGAAUCCCAUUUCUUGGCGAGGAGAUGGGAAAUACUUUGCUACGCUAAGCAUGGUUUGCAAUUCUUCUUCCUCGCAUAAGAAGAUUAAAGUUUGGGAACGAGAUUCGGGGGCAGUGCACUCUGUUUCAGAAUCAAAGUCUUUUGCGGGAUCAGUUUUGGAAUGGAUGCCUAAUGGGAUGAAAAUUGCAGCUGUUUAUGACUGUAAGAUAGAAAAUAGGUGUCCAUCAAUAGUUUUUUUUGAGAGGAAUGGGUUAGAAAGAAGCUCAUUUAGUGUCAAUGAGGAUAUGUAUUCCACUGUCGAAAUUUUGAAGUGGAAUUGUUAUUCGGAUCUUCUUGCAGCUGUCGUCAGAUGUGAAAGAUAUGACUCCCUUAAGAUCUGGUUCUUCAGCAACAAUCAUUGGUAUUUAAAGCAAGAAAUUAGAUACCCCAGAAAGGAUGAAAUUAGAUUCAUGUGGGAUCCCACAAAGCCACUGCAGUUGAUUUGCUGGACUCUGGGUGGUCAGAUCACAAUCUUUAACUUUGUCUGGGUCACAGCUGUCAUGGAGAACUCAACGGCAUUAGUCAUUGAUGGCUCCGAGAUACUAGUAACCCCUUUCUCCAUAUCUCUAAUCCCACCUCCUAUGUUUUUAUUCAAUCUAAGAUUUCCAAGUGCUGUUCAGGACAUAGCUUUCUGUUCCAAGAGUUCUAAGAAUCAUUUGGCUGCAUCUUUGUCCAGUGGCUGUUUGUGUGUUGUAGAGCUUCCUAAACUUGAUACUUGGGAAGAGCUAGAAGGCAAAGAAUUCAGUGUUGAGCCUUCCUAUUCUGAAUCAGCAAUUGGAUCCUUUGUACAUCUUAUAUGGUUGGAUUCACAUGUGCUUCUUGGUGUUUCUCAUUUUGGUUUCAGGCAUAGUGAUUGCUUACCAGAAACAUCAUCAGGUAAGGAUGAGCUUCCUGGGUACUACUUGCAGGAAAUUGAGCUUGUGUGUUUUGAGGAUUAUGUCCCAGGUUCGAUGACAUGCUCAGGUUGGCAUGCGAAGAGAUGCAAUCAAAUCUCCCUUGAAGAGCCAGUAAUGGGUAUAGUUCCUAAUCCUGCUAGAAAAUAUUCAGCAUUUGUUCAAUUUCAUGGUGGAAAAAUUUUUGAGUAUGUGUCGAAGUUGUGUAUCACAGCAGGAGCUCCUGCCCAAUGUCUUCAAAUACAUGACAAGUUGGGAUUUUUAUCAUCUUGCCCAUGGAUGUCUGUAGUUCCUGUAAGUGACUCUGGGCCAUCAGAACCUUUGCUUUUUGGGCUUGAUGAAAAUAGUAGGCUGCAUGGUAAUGGAAGGAUACUGUGCAACAAUUGCAGCAGUUUCUCAUUUUACUCCAUCUUUAAUGAUCAAGUGAUCACACAUCUUAUUCUUGCAACUAAACAGGAUUCUCUCUUUGUUGUUGACAUUGGCGAUAUAUUGCAUGAGCAAUUAGAGGCUAAAUAUGAGAACUUCAUGCCUGUUAUCAAGAAAAGAAAUGAAGAAGAGAAAAGAAACUGUAUAAACGUAUGGGAAAAAGGUGCCAAAAUUGUAGGUGUCCUGCAUGGAGAUGAAGCUGCUGUUAUACUACAAACAGCUCGAGGAAAUCUUGAAUGCAUUUAUCCGAGAAAAUUGGUCCUUUCCUCAAUUGUCAAUGCUUUGAUCCAAGGACGUUUCAGAGAUGCACUCUUCAUGGUAAGGCGGCAUAGGAUAGAUUUCAAUGUUAUUGUUGACCAUUGUGGUUGGCAAGCCUUUCUUCAAUCAGCUCCAGAGUUUGUCAGACAGGUAAACAAUCUAAGCCAUAUAACUGAAUUUGUUUGUUCCAUAAAGAAUGAUAACAUAAUGGAGACACUGUACAAAAACUAUAUUUCCCUACCUUGCCUAAAGGAGGCUAAUGUUGUAGAAGCCAGAAAAUUUGAGGGUUCUGAUGCCAAUGGUAAGGUAUCCUCUGUCCUGCUAGCAAUAAGGAAGGCUCUUGAGGAGCAAGUGGCGGAAAGUCCAGCAAGAGAGCUUUGCAUUUUGACCACUCUAGCACGAAGUGAGCCACCAGCUCUUGAAGAAGCUUUGAAGAGGAUAAAAAUUACCCGGGAAAUGGAACUGUCAGGUUCUGAUGACCCAAAGAGAAUAUCUUACCCUUCUGCUGAGGAAGCUCUGAAACAUCUUUUAUGGUUAUCCGAUUCUGAGGCUGUUUAUGAAGCUGCUUUAGGUCUGUAUGACCUGAACCUUGCAGCCAUUGUAGCUUUGAACAUGCAACGAGACCCAAAGGAAUUUCUUCCAUUUCUCCAGGAACUGGAACACAUGCCAACUCUGUUAAUGCAAUAUAAAAUUGACCUCAAACUGCAAAGAUAUGAAAAGGCACUCAGGCACAUAAUUAUUGCAGGAGAUACUUAUUAUGCUGAUUGUAUGAACCUCAUGAAGAACAAUCCUGAACUUUUUCCGCUGGGGCUCCAACUGAUCACUGAUCUCGCCAAGAGGAGACAAGUCCUUGAGGCCUGGGGGGAUCAUCUUAGUAACAUAAAAUGCUUUGAGGAUGCUGCUGCAACUUAUUUGUGUUGUACUAGCUUGGAAAAAGCACUGAAGGCUUAUCGUGCUUGUGGUAAUUGGAGUGGGGUGCUGACUGUUGCUGGUCUUGUUAGACUGGGGAAAGGGGAGGUUAUGCAACUGGCACAUGAACUCUGUGAAGAACUCCAAGCCCUUGGUAAACCUGGGGAAGCUGCCAAAAUUGCCUUGGAGUACUGUGGAGAUGUUAAUGGUGGGAUCAAUUUAUUAGUCAGUGCAAGGGAUUGGGAAGAGGCUCUGAGGAUUGCUUUUAUGCACAGGAGAGACGAUUUAAUUUCAGAAGUGAAGAAUGCAUCUCUUGAAUGUGCCAACAUACUAAUUGGUGAAUAUGAGGAAGGGUUGGAGAAAGUAGGCAAGUAUUUAGCCCGCUACUUGGCAGUUCGACAGCGGAGAUUAUUGCUUGCAGCAAAGCUCCAGUCAGAAGAGCGAUCAAUGAAUGAAUUUGAUGAUGAUACUGCUUCAGAAACUAGCAGCAGUUUCAGUGGAAUGAGUGCAUACACCAAAGGGACGAGAAAGGGCUCUGCUGCUUCCAUCAGCUCAACUACUUCUACCAAGGCAAGAGACACGAGGCGCCAGCGGAAUAAAGGGAAAAUCCGUGCUGGCAGCCCUGGUGAGGAGAUGGCUUUGGUAGAGCAUUUGAAGGGGAUGUCUCUGACCACUGGAGCAAAGGGUGAGCUUAAAGCUUUGUUGGUUUCCCUUGUGAUGCUCGGCAAGGAAGACAUCGCAAGGCGAUUGCAGCGCAUUGGAGAAAACUUUCAACUGUCUCAAAUGGCAGCAGUUAAACUGGCCGAAGAUGCAAUGUCUAGUGAUAUCAUAGAUGAACAAGCCCAUUCUUUGGAUCAUUACAUUCGGAAAGUGAGAAAAGAUCCACAGCAUUUAGACUCUUUCUGUUGGCGGUCUAAAGUGUUGAUUCUGCCUUAACAGCUUCGGAAAGGUGCGAUUAUUUGCUUUUCAUGGUUGCACAUACUGAGAUAUGUACCAGAUCUGUACACUGUUCGUAUUGGUGGCUAAAAAUGAUAGGAAGUAGCUAGAGGACAGUUUCCAAGUUGUACUGAAAUUUUUUCUGAACUGUUCUUUCCCUUCUCAUUUAUGGAUUCUUUAGUAGUUGCUUAAACCAUUUUUUCCUGUGUCACCGAUCUGUACACAAUUUUUUUAAAACUUUUUAUUUAUCAGAAUUUCAGUUUUGUGUUGAAUA